AUGGGUGUUGCAGUUCACAACCCAGAAGAUUGUUUAAAGCUUCCUAAUUCCGUGAAACACCCAAGAAAUCCUCGACAUAAUCCCAAUCUUAACCCAAACCGCACGAACCGCCGGAAGCGUACUCCCAACGCUUCUCCCCCUUCUCGUCAUUCAGUCGCCCCCUCAAAAGCUCCGGCCAAGAAUCUCGUGAUGGGUCAAGUCAAGAUCCUCAAACGCGGCGAAGAUCUUAAAGAAUCUAAGCCGGAUAAGCCUAUCCCGUGUCCGUUCCGACCCACCGAGUCUGAAAACGACGACGGUAAGGUCGUUCUGCCCUUCUUCCAUGCCGGAUCUGCCUUCAUAACAUCGCCGCCUCCGAGUUCAGUUCCGCUGCCGGCGUUCUUCACAAAGAAGAUUGGGAUUGCUUUGAAAGAUGAUGUCGCCACGAAUGCCUUAAGGAGGAUAUUAAGGCUGGACUUGGUGAUUUGA